AUGAAGGAAGUACUCAAGAUUAAGCGUGUUGUCGGGUGCAUUCUGAAGGAUGAAAAGGUGUUUGUAAGAAUUUUAUGGGAGGAUAAGCUUGUGACUUGGGAAUCGCCCGAGACUUUGCGCUGUCCCCUUCUAUUCACCAACUUCUUGAACAAAGUGGACGGCUUACUGCAGAAAAAAGCUUUUGAAGAAGAAAGAAUCAGAAGAAAAGUGGAAGAGAAAAGUUUUAUUUCCAGCAUACGGUCCAAAGAAUCUAUCACAGGGCGCACAACAGCGCCAAGGGCCGCUGUUUUGGAACACAAUAGAAUUAAUCGGCACAUAAUUAAAACAGCAGGCCAACGCACCGAUGAGCUUGAAAAACAUAGGGAAUUUCAACACGCAUACAUAGCUAAUCAAAAGAUCGUUAAAGAAGGAAAUCGCUCAGCGAAGCAACAAUCAGAGUCUUUUGGCCAAAAACUGAACCUUGGGCCAUAUAAAUCUUCGUUCAGAGCAUCAAACAAAAUUUUUUUGAACAGUCAAAGAUACUUUGAGGCGCCGCUGAGCAAACAGACAGGCUAUAUAGAGAAAGAAGAGGUUGACAUACAAUCAAAGGAGAACGAUUUCGUAGUUUUAAUCGAUUCUGUAAAAAUUGCCACGUUUUCCUACGUAUGCAUUCUUGGUAAUCUCGCCAUGCCUUUUGGUAAGCAAUUCAACGUAUCUCGUACCAUAGGUUUUGCUGAAUUUGAGAAUAUUAUGUUCUCGGCACGGCAAAACGUGAACUUUGGAGAUUAUGAUGUGUAUAAUUUGAAAUUGCUGAAUAACAAUGACAAAUUUCGUGACCUGCUUCUACAAGGUAAAGAGAAUCAUGUGUUUGUGGACAUUUCUGGUGAAAUUUCUUUUGUAUUGUUUCUCGUGUUUAACAGCAACAAAUUAAAGAAAUACAAUAUAUGUGGAUAUUACAAUCUUGUGAGAAUUCCUGCCAAAACGAUAAGAUACGCCAUCAAUCCCAGACUCGACAAAUCCCUGUGCGAUUCGUACAAUCUAUGGCAGAAGAAUACUUACCAAUACGUUGAUCGUGUAUUCAGGCAUUUUCUCAUCUCCGGUCCCAACCUGACAGAGGAUAAAAUUCUAAAAUUCUCCAUCUUUGCUAGCAGUUCGAAUUUUCUGGCCAAUGAAAUAAGGAAGUUUUUAACUUCUAGAGGUAAAAAAUAUGUGAGCAUGGAUCACACAGAAAUUGACACGAUAUUCGUACAUGUGGAGUAUCUGCAGUUUCUCAAUAACAUGCCGUUCUAUUUUAUGCUCAUAGAGUCGAAUUGUUCGUUUUAUUUUUUCGGCACGUCGAUCCUGAAGAGAGAAGGCUACUUCGUAGCGCCUAUGCUGAAGGAAGGUGGCGUUCUGCUACUUGCUGACAGUAUUGCUACUCAGAUCGACGAUCAGCAGCUUUCACAGGUUAUGGCAUUCUUGAGGAAGGAUAACAUGUCCAAGUGGCAGCUAGUGAUAGGAUCAAGUUUAGCCAAAAAGCUUGAAUCGAUGCUCUGUCAGAUGCCACAAAACGAUACGGUAAGAAACGUCCUGUUUCUCUCUCAGAAUAACGUAGUUGGGUCGUCCAAUUUUGUUCCCGAGGAAUACAUAAGGAAUCUCAGAAAAAAACACCUCAUUGAAAAGCGGCACUUCUACAUAUUAGAUCCGAAGAUAAACGAUAAUCUGCACAAGACACCGAAGCAAUUCAUUAAUAUUAUUAAUAACCACAAAUAGAAACAUGAAGUUCUUGCUGUUUCGCUCCUUGCCGUUACUUAGACUGAUCGUACUACAAGACGGACGAACAAAGCGAAAUCAAGCCUAUAGCAUUAAAUCUUUUCAUCCUUGU